UGACUUUUGACAUUUAUUUGCUCUUUGCCGUUUUUGACACCUGUCAACUGUCAGUCUUAAUUGACGGAUAUCGAUGUUGGCGGGUCCUAGCGUUACGAAAACAAACAAUAUAUUUCGAUUAUAUUAAAAUAUCAAUUUACCGUUAUUCAAUAUGCAGGAUGAUUUGGAGGUUACGGGUAUAUCCCGAAGCGGGAGAGUGAGAAAGAAAAGUUCAAAGCUGAUGGAUUUUGAAUCUCCAGACGAUAUUGAGACUAGGUUUCGACGACAAACACCAGUGAAGUCGUACGCCGGUUUCAAGCAAGAAGAGCCUAUGGAAUUUCAUGAGACCCCACAAAAGCCCGCGGAAGACGCGGGUACUGCUUCGGGUAGUGAAUCCGACUUUUAUGAAAACAAUGGAGAAAAUGCUGAAAGCAUGGAGUCAGACAGUUCAGCGUCAGAUGAAGGCACCGCGCGCACUCCCGCCAACUCUCUCUACAUGAUGGAGAAAAGUAACAAGAAAAAAUUAAUAAUAAAAGAUGGGAAAGUCAUUGGUAGAGCCAAAGCCCAGAGAAAAGACAAAGGCAAAACUAGAAUUACUGCAUACAUGAUGUGGGCUAAGGAAGCUAGAAAUGAUCUUUUACGCCAGAGUCCAAAUAUGGACUUUUCAGCAAUAUCAAAGAAACUGGGUGAGAUGUGGGCUAAUGUAACAUACAAUGAGCGAUAUUUAUGGAAACGUAAAGCAAAGAGAUUUGCUAUGCAAAAAGAACAAAGCAAUCAAGUUGCAACCUCUAAGAUAAUAUCAAAUCCCAGUGCCCGCCCCACGUCAAACGCAGGCCCCGGCCGACCACCGGCCAACCGGGCACGCCAGCCCCCGCCACCUGCACAGCAGAAUGCCCUCACACCGGUGUCAACUGGCAGUCCGACGGCAUUGUUGUCAACGAUGCCAACAGGGGGCACGGCGGCUGUGUACCGCGUCACGGGUUGCGGAACCAUUGACGUGGCCGCGCACCUGCGUCUGCUCGGUGAGAGCCUCGCCAUCAUCGGGGAACGGCUCAAGGAGCAUGAGGGUCAGAUCGCGGUAUCGGGUUCAGUAUCAGUGCUGCUGGACACGCUGCUGUGCUCGCUGGCGCCGCUGCUAAGCGUGGCGCGCGCGGUGCCGCCCCUCGCGCCCCCCGCUCACGUCAUGCAGAACACUCUGCACAACAUAGCCUACAUAAUGCCCGGAUUAUAACCAACACGCACCCCCCAAUAUCAUGCCCGGGCUAAAACCAACACACGCCCCCAACAUCAUUAUCGGACUAUAAAUAACCCCCAUCCACCAACAUCAUGACCUGACUACGAAUAACACUCACCUAAUAUACUACUCCGAAUAUGCAGUGUUCUACCUCAGAGUGAUUUUUCAUCUAUUACGACUAACGUCUGUGUUUUUAAGAACAAACGUGAGCAAAAUUGCUAGAAAAUUGUGAUGCAAUGUGACUACAAAUAGACCAAUGUUUAUCUUUAAGUGAAGGUGAACUAAUUUUAUAAAAAUAAACAAUUUUGAAACAUUA